GAAUCAGAAACAAAUGGUUUGACGCAAAAAGUGACAGUUUUCUGUUUUAUUCACAGAACAAACAGUGAUUAGUGACAUGUUUUAUUUAUUGUAAAAAAUACUUUAUCGUAAUUCGAACUCGUGUGUGAUUGUAUGUUAAUAACACUAUUGACGAAUACAAAUUAAUUGGCUAAGGUCACAGUAAAAUGUGGAUUAACUAAUGUCGUAAUAAGUAUAAGUGAGAGGAAAAGAUAUAAUAGCAAAAAACAACAAUGAGUAAUAUAGCAGGACCACAUGGAUUAAAUACUUUACCCACAGGUGUCAAUCCAGAUAAUAAUUUAUUGCCUGGAGGGCCAAUAAUAAAUCCAACUGUAAAUCGAAAUAGAAAUAAUAAUCAAAAUCCACUUUUUAAUGUACGAGAGAGGUUAUUUCAUGCAUUGUUUUUUAAAUUUGCAAUUGCAUACGCUCGGACAUUCCCUAGGCCAUUGCGGAGAUUUUUCGAGUUCCUUGUGCUCUUAAAAGCUUUAGUGGCGUUCUUUGUUCUUGCCUAUAUACACAUAGCUUUCUCAAGAACACCAACAACAUGUCUAAAUCAUAUAAAGGAUUCUUGGCCGAGGGAUGGUAUAUUGCGAGUAGAAAUUUUACGGAACCCAUCGCAAGACUAUACAAUUGAACAAAGCUAUGCAAAGGAACGUAAAUUAAAAAAGGAUAAAGAUGAAAUUAAUUCAAUGUUAAGCAUGCUAGCUACAGAACGUUUCAUAAAUAUUGAAUCAUCAACAAAUGAUGAUAUAGAAGAUGAUGAAUACAUGCAAGACGGUACAGACUAUGGUAACAUUACAAGAUUGCAUGAUGACAGUGAAGAGAUGUUGAUGAACCAAGUUAUAGAAACUGGACAUAUAAAUACAAAAAUGGAGAGGGAUAGAAAUGAGGAAAUUGAUCUAAAUGCCACUAUUAUACCUGGCGAAGAAAUAGAGCCUACUUCGUCUAUAUGGGAAGGAAUUAUGGGAUUAGUUGAAGAUAUCGAUAGGGAUUCUAAAAUUGUUGAUGAAUCACUUGACGAGGCAGCUUCCAAUGAUUCAUCCAAAGAUGAUGAUUACAUUCUGGAGUAUUCCCUGGAGUAUGGUUUCCUCCGACUGUCACCAAACGCGAGGCUACUCCUCAAGAUCCCGGUCAAGAUUGUCACCCUGGACCCGCAGAAGGACGAAUGCUUUGGGGAUGCAUUCUCACGUUUCGUCCUCGAUGAGUUCCUCGGAUAUGAUGACCUUCUGAUGGCCUCUAUCAAGUCUCUCGCUGAACAAGAGGACAAUAAGGGCUAUUUGAGAAACGUGAUCACCGGUGAGCAUUAUCGCUUCGUGUCGAUGCUGACUGCGCGUAGUUCAUACAUAGCCGCUUUCUUCAUUAUGCUCGUGUUUACCGUUUCUAUAUCGAUGCUCCUGCGCUACGCUCACCAUCAAAUAUUUGUUUUUAUUGUGGACCUGUUACAAAUGCUGGAGUUUAACGUGACCGUAUCGUUCCCGGCGGCGCCGCUCCUCACCGUUAUAUUGGCGUUGGUUGGCAUGGAAGCUAUCAUGUCAGAGUUCUUCAACGAUACAACGACAGCUUUCUACAUCAUCCUCAUAGUGUGGAUCGCCGACCAGUAUGAUGCUAUUUGCUGCCAUACUGCCAUCGCCAAGCGACACUGGUUGAGAUUCUUCUACCUGUACCACUUCUCAUUCUACGCGUACCACUACCGCUUCAAUGGACAGUACAGCAGUUUGGCCCUCGUCACGUCAUGGCUAUUUAUACAGCAUUCUAUGUUAUACUUCUUCCAUCACUACGAGUUGCCGGUGAUACUACAGCAAGCUCAACUGCAACAGUUACUAUUGCGCAGUCAUCACGGUAUGGGUGGUAUGAUGGGGUUAGCUGGGAUAGCUGCUUUGGCGAGCGGAACUGCGUACCACGACGCACCGGGGACAGGGACGCAAGCGACGCCGCCAACCACACAGUCCACCACGCAAACGGUGCAGAACACCGUACAGUCCACCACGCAGACAUCUCCCUCCGUGUCCACGGCUCAAACGAACACUACACACACGGGUGACGUUAUCACCUCUCGGAGUGUCACUACCGAAACCAUCGCUACCGGCACCAACACCACUGGUCAUGACAACGAAGAGAGAGCAGUCGCCGCGUCCGACGAAAACAACAUGAACAACUCAAACAAGACUUCCACGCACACUUCGACCGACGCUGGCAUUCAAAUCGAAGAAAUCAGAAGAAAAACAUCUGACAGCCACAUCGAUUUAAUUCGCAAUAACACCAUCAUAAGCAGCCUCGACGAUGCUAAAAACUCCUCUAGAGGAGUUAACGAGGCUGACGCUAACAGUGUCGAUACGGAAGCGCCAAGUCUUGCGCUGGAUCGUCGACGAAAAAUUAACGUGGGGGUCGGUGACGAUCCGGCUUCCACGGCCGAAGAAAUGACUACAAGAAUCGCGCCAAGAGCUUCCCCUGAAGCGGAUGACCUUAUUUAGCAUCACCACCAUAUUACUUAUAAUUGCUUUGAAGACGUAUUUAAUUUACAGCUAUCUAUUUCACUUAGAACCAUUGAUAGAGAUGAAUCUGGGCUCACUAACAGCGAAGCAAAAUUAAUGUCGAAAGAGCCACAAUGACACCAAAACGAAGGACGCGUGUCGGGAUUUUUUAUAUGAUUGCUAAAGUGAACUAUUAAGUCAUACGGAGUAAAGUAGAUAAUUCCAUAGAAGGUACUUAUAGCAGUUGCUAAGAAUAAAGUUACUAUUUAAGUUCAGUCAUUGUUGAGACAAUAGGGCCUUAUAUAGAAAUAGAAUAUUCUAAAUAUUUAUAUGUACUAGAGAUGAACGAUACAGCAUGUUUUUAACUACAAAUUUUAACGAAAUAACAAAUAAAUUGAGUUUUAUUAUAUAUUUCUAAUAUAUACAACAGAUUUUACACAAAGGGUACCAAUUUCAAUACUUUGACUUGUUAUCUCAACGCUUGUCAUUGCACAAGGGAAAAAAUAAUUUGAAACUGAUAGUAAAUGUUAUUUAUAUCUAUUAAAGAUCCUAAUUUUAAAGAAAACAGAAUCCUGUCACUUGAAUGAAUUGUACCCGACUUUCAAAAAUAUCCCAUUUAUCAGCGGAGAGAAAUCUAGACCUAAAUGGUAGAAAACACCUGAAUGUUUUUCUCUAGCACUUUCGCUGGCUAUUCUUAACUAUUAUGGCCGCACUAGCUACUUAUCUGCUUGCAUAUAGCUCGAUGCACUAAAACUUUAUCUUUACAAUUAUUUACAUUAUUUAUUUUUCGGCUGUUUACAAUUUCGAUUCAGUCAGUCAAGGUUUAUUCGUUAUAGCCGACUUCUAGAAUAUUUCUAGUAUUUUAUUAUCUUUUAUACUAAAGAAAACAACAUGAUCUAUUUAAAGCUAUUGCUUCUAAUAAAUAUAUAAAAUACACAGAAAAGCAUAGUACCUUAUUUGAAACAAUGCCGGACAACUUAAAGAGAUUAUUAAAUCUCAUGCUAUCCCUCUCGUUUUCAUAAACAUUGUUGAAACAGAACUAUCUACAAGCACAUAAUUAAGCCAAGUUCCAACGUUUAGUCAUAUACCAAGUAUGUUGGUAAAUUCUGCCUUAUUACGAGUACAAAAUAUUACAACGAUAUGAUGUUUUCUCUGUUCUCCGUUGGGAAGUAUUCACAACUGCCUCAAUGAUUGGAAAUUUAUGUAUAUGGUAGUUUUUCCACGGGAUUUAUUACAUUGUGAUAAAUUGACGGAAUAAUGUUAUAACAGUAAAUAUAGAAAUAUUAUUGUAUUUCAUGAUUGUUUACCAUAUACUUUUUUAUGUUUUAGUUUAAACAAGCAUUGUUCUUCUGUUUUUUAUGACGUGAAUGACAAAAAAUUCUAAAUGCAUUUCAAGGAUAAUGUGAAGAAAUUUCGGAAAUAACAUGUGGGGUUAAUUGUGCAAUUCGAUAUUUGAUUUUACUUGAAAUUUAACGACAUUUGACGUAUAAGUGCUAAUGAAAAAGAAAACUUAUUAAAACAAAUUUAUUUGUGGGCUUUAUCUAAACUACUAUAUAUAACUGAAUGAUUUAUUUACUUUAGUAUGGCAUGUCUAAAAUUUUUAGGCACUUUAAAUACAGUUUAUUGAAGAAUACGCUGUUCUUUUAGCGACAUCGACAAGCCAACAGAGCUUAGAAAGUUUAGACAUUCCUUAAUUACUAAUUAUAGGAAAAAAAUUGUUUUGAGGUUUUCUCAUAUCAUUAAUACGCAUUUUGUGUUACUUCAAAUAAUAUCAGAAUAAAGGCCCUAUAAGUGAAAUUAUCUUAGGUAAUUUUUCGUAUGGAAGGUGAUUGUAGUUUUAAGACAUGGCUGCCUCUCAGCGAGUGUAAAUAGAUAUGAAUUAAAUAUUUAUUAGUUUAAUUGUUUCACUUCAUAAUUUUUCUUACUUUAUUAAUGCUUCGUGGGGCGUGUUGGAAGUACGCGAACUUUUUCAUUUAGUAAUUAGUUUAUUGCAUUAAACAUUUUUAGUUCAUC